AUGUUGGCACUGCCAAAUUUUGCCGAUCUGCGCAUGCAGCAGCAGAUUGCCCAUGAGAUUUAUCGCCAACAAAUUAUGCAACGUCUGCCAGAUCCACUCUGCGGUCUGUUGCCCAACUUUGCAUCACAUUUUGCACCACCGCCACCGCCGGCACAGCCAUCUCUGCCUGGAGUGGAGGCCAAGUUGGAGAACAAUGAACUGUGGCAGCAAUUCCAUCACAUUGGCACCGAAAUGAUCAUUACCAAGAGUGGCAGACGCAUGUUUCCCUCGAUGCGCGUCUCCCUCAGCGGCCUGGAGGAGGAGACCAACUAUUGUGUGCUGCUCGAAAUGGUGCCCAUUGGCGACUGUCGCUACAAGUUCUCCGGCUCCCAAUGGGUGCCAGCUGGCGGUGCCGAACCACAGAGUCCACAACGCAUGUAUCUGCAUCCGGACAGUCCAGCAACGGGAAAACACUGGGAAUCCCAGGCGUUGCUUUUCAGUAAAGUGAAGCUAACCAACAAUACGCUGGACAACAAUGGACAUAUCGUUUUGGCCAGCAUGCACAAGUAUCAGCCACGUUUGCAUGUCAUACGCACCGCUGAUCUGACGCAGAUCCCUUGGGCUCCACAGCAGGCAUAUGUGUUUCCCGAGACCGAGUUCAUUGCCGUGACUGCCUAUCAGAAUGAUCGCAUUACCAAGCUGAAGAUCGACAACAAUCCCUUUGCCAAGGGCUUUCGUGAGUCGGGCCAAUCACGUUGCAAGCGCAAGUUGAAUGAUUCCCCACCACCUGCACAGACAAGUGGAGUAGGAGCAGGAGCGGGAGCAGGAGGAGGAGCAGGAGCAGCUGCUGACAGUCUGACAGUCUCGCCGUCGGCAAAACGCCUCCGUCUCGCCGAUGAGUUGAAUUUGUUGCCUCAACAACAUUCUGGUUUGCUUGUGCCGCGUCAUUAUCUUAUGGAUACUCUGGAGGCCAAUUUCUAUCUGUCAGCGCCACCGCCACAGCCGCCCCAGCCACGCAUUGAUUAUGCCAGGCACAUCGCACACACCGGCUAUCCAAGUUGGGCCUACACGCCGCCAUCGCCCGAUUCGUCGUGCGGCUCCUCCAGCUGCGACUCUGCCGCCGAGCCAGAUGCCGAUACCUUUGUGGAUGUGGUGGGCACCACAUCCACCACAACAAACACUGCUGAGCCACAGUUGGAAUCCCAGUCGAUUAGCCGUAUCGCUGACGUCGCUGCCGAUGCCGACGUUGUCGACGCUGCCGUCGUCGCUGCUGCUGUUGCUCCGCCAAAGCCCAAACGCAGCAGCUUCAGCAUCUUGGACAUAUUAGGAACGACCGUCUCAGUUUAGUUGCCUUUGUUGUUGUUGCUGUGCUCCCAUUUCAGUUGUUGCUCCUCAAGUGCCUUAUACAUUUAAUUAGCGUUUAGUUGCCAGCGUAGUGUAGUAGUUGUAGUUGUAGUUGAAAUUGUGAUAUUUUGCAGUUAAUUAAGAUUUCCAGGUAUUUACCAUCAGUAUUUAUCUUAAGUAUUUAUUAUGCAAUUUUAAUUGUUUAAAUGAUUUCGUAAUGGAUUUAUUGUCAUUGGCAUUUUAAUGCAAGUAAAUAAAGAUUUUUUAUAUAAGAAU